UUUGAUUUCACUAUCUCUAAAAGGUCGACUUAAAUUUUUAUUUACCAGACAAAAUUCACAUUCACCGAAUCUUAUUCGCGCAUCUUCAAGAGAAUUAGAAAGAACUCAAAGAAAAAAUUGGACAGAAAUGCGGGAUUCAUAAAGACUCAACUACCAACUAGCCAAAACAAUUAAAACACCACAUUUUUUUACCUCUGUUUCCCAAUAUCCCUCUAUAAAUUAACUCUUCUACCCUUCCAAACUUCAUUCAUAACUCAACCACAUUUCUUUGUACUACUCAAAAUUUUCCUUACCUUUUCAAGAUCAAAAUCAGCCAUGGCUACCAACUCUGCAUUGCUAAUCAAGCUCUUCUGCGUGGGUUUGCUAGGAUUACUAAUCCUGGCGCCCCACGCAGAAGCGGCUAUGACUUGUGGCACCGUGAUCAGUAGCUUGGCCCCGUGUUUGACCUACAUUCAAGGCGGCCCGUUGAAUCCCGCUUGCUGCUCAGGCAUCUCCUCCCUGAAAAAUCAGGCUUCUACUAAGCCCGACCGCCAGGCCGUUUGCACUUGCCUGAAACAGGUGGCCGCCGCUAACCCAGGAGCCGCCUCCAAGGGCGCCGGACUUCUUAAAGCAUGCAAAGUUAGCAUCCCUUAUGCCCUCAACCCCAAGAUUAACUGCGCAAGUGUGAACUAAGUUUUUGAAGGAUGGAGGACUUUGCAUUAUAAUAUUACGUAACGGAGAGAUCUUUGGAGGCUUUGUAGAUCUCCUCCAAAUGGUUGCUUAUUUUGCAUUCUUCUACUUUGUGCUUUCAUGGUUGUACUCUUUUGGCUUUAGAUCUUGAGUCUCCCUUUGUUUGGUAGACGGUUUAAUUGUGCUGAAAAGAAACCAGCAUUACCAUUCUAUUGGUGAUACUGAGUUUUUAUGUACUUCACUUGAAUAAAAUAUUUUUCUGUUUCUACAUACAUUAAUACCUCUUCCUUCUUUUUUUCCCCCUCUUGCUGAUCCUCCAAAAAAAGGGGAAAAAAAAUGAAGUAAUAUUAGUAGAUGAAAUUCGUACGUAAUAUGAAAGUUUUGGAUGAACUAUUAUUUGGUGGAGGAUAUAUUUAGUUCAAAAUUUCAAAUGAAAAUGGCAAUUACAUAAUUUGCCAACGGACCAGAUGUCCCCGCCCCAAUUUAUUGUUGAUUUUUUCAUAUCACCUAGGACCAGUAAAACUGCCAAUACGCUGCUCCGGAACCUUACUGUUCCACCCGUGUUUCAGUUUCAAUUAUUUAGUUUAACGGACGAGUAUCUCAAUAGUGUUAUA